AUGGGGUGCACAAUAAGUUCCGGUGAGAAGGAGGCUGUGGAACGGUCAAAGAAAAUCGACAAAUCACUGCGGAUCGACGGCGAGAAGGCCGCGAGGGAAGUGAAACUGUUGCUGCUGGGUGCUGGUGAAUCUGGAAAAAGUACUAUUGUAAAACAGAUGAAAAUCAUUCAUGAAACUGGAUAUUCUAUUGAAGAAUGUGAACAAUAUAGACCUGUUGUAUUUAGUAACACAAUUCAAAGUUUAAUGGCAAUUAUACGAGCUAUGGGAAUUUUAAGAAUUGAUUUUUCAGAUCCUAGUAGAACGGAAAACGCUCGUCAGUUUUUUUCCCUUGCAAGUGCUACUGAAGAAGGUGAAUUGACACCAGAUUUAGUAAAACUUAUGAAACGCUUAUGGGCAGAUAGUGGAGUUCAAGAAUGUUUUUUGCGUUCAAGAGAAUAUCAACUAAAUGAUUCUGCUGCUUACUACUUAAAUGCAUUGGAUAGAAUAUCUUUUCCUAAUUACGUGCCAACCCAACAAGAUGUUUUACGAACAAGAGUAAAGACAACUGGUAUUAUAGAAACAAAUUUCUCAUUUAAAGGAUUAAAUUUCAAAAUGUUUGAUGUUGGAGGCCAAAGAUCAGAAAGAAAAAAGUGGAUUCACUGUUUUGAAGGUGUUACUGCUAUUAUAUUUUGUGUUGCAUUAUCAGGUUAUGAUUUAGUAUUAGCUGAAGACGAAGAAAUGAACCGAAUGAUCGAAUCUAUGAAAUUAUUUGAUUCCAUUUGUAACAGUAAAUGGUUUGUUGAUACCUCAAUUAUAUUAUUUUUAAACAAGAAAGAUUUAUUCGAAGAAAAAAUAAGAAGAAGUCCUUUAAAUUCUUGUUUCCCUGAAUAUACAGGUUCUAACAAUUAUGAAGAAGCUGCUGCUUAUAUACAGAUGAAAUUUGAAAGUUUAAACAAAAGAAAAGACCAAAAAGAAAUUUAUACUCAUUUCACCUGCGCUACUGAUACAAACAAUAUACAAUUUGUCUUUGAUGCUGUAACUGAUGUGAUCAUCAAAAAUAACCUUAAAGAUUGUGGUCUUUUUUAAAAACUGUAGCUAGUUGCCAUAAUUAUAUCUUGCAGACUAUUAAUAAUUUAAUUGUUUAUCAUAAUACUUUUUUUUUCCUUAUGACUGAUAAAAUUAUUUAAAUCCUAGCAGCUAUCGUUUGAAUGUGCCAAAUAAUUUUAAAACCAAAUAUUCAUUUACUAAAUAAUAUUUUUAUAGC